UAUACCACCAACUUGGUUUCGGAUUGUCCCUGAUCAAAGAAGAGAAAGCAAGAAAAAAGAACAAUGGGUUUGAGAAACACCUCUGUUCUGUGCUUGGCACUUAUGUUGUCUUUCUCUUCGGCCAUUAAUUGUUUGGACAUAACCAAAACUUUGGGACAAUAUCCGGAACUCUCCACGUUCAGCAAAUACCUAACCGAAACCAAGUUGGCUGAACAAAUAAACAGUGGUAAAGCCGUUACCAUUCUUGCCCUUGACAACAAAGCUAUUGCUUCUCUUUCUGGUAAACCAAUUGACGCCAUUAAAGCCGUUAUUGGGACCCAUGUUAUACCUGAAUUCUACGAUGAGAAAAAACUUUUUGAUAUCAUUGGAAGCCAUGCACAAUUGCCUACACUUUCAACCGCUCCAGGUUUAGCCGCUAAAAUCUACGUGUCACUUAUUAAUGAAGGUGAAAUGGCAUUUAGUUCUGCUGUUGAAGGCUCAACCUUCGAUGCCACGCUUGUUCAAAGCACUGAGGCUGAACCAGGCGUUGUUUCAAUUCUCCAGGUUUCACAGCCAAUUGUUAAGGUUGGUGCUUCAGCUCCAGCAACUCCAGCAACACUAUCAAAACCAGCAACACCUGCAGCUGUGUCAACAUCCAGUGCCGGUGAGGUUGCAACACCAGCAGCUGUGCCAGCAUCCGGUGCCGGUCAGGUUACAACACCAGCAGCAUCACCUUCUGUGGUGAUUGCUGAGUCACCUGAGAGUUUUGGUGAUGCACCUGCUCCUGCUCCUAGUGCCUCUUCUCGUGCCACAUUCAGAUUCAUUGGUGCUGUUAUUGCCUUUGCUUCCAUUUUUGUCUCUUUGUAAGCGUUAUAUAAUGUAUUUCUAGAGAGAAAAUGAAACAAUAUUGAUUGGAAGGGAUAAAUUAAUUAAUUUGUUACAAUAUAUAAUGUAACACCUUGAUUUGUGCUUAUGGGAUUCGUUUGUUCAGAUUGAAUAUAUCUCUCACU